AUCAUGAAAACUAUAAAUUGCAAUUUGCAAAUGACAAAUUUUUUACUCAAGUAACAAUUCAGGAACAAGGUGGCGGAUGAGUAUACCCUGUUCUUUAUAUAUCAGUCGGUUUCUUAUCUGAUAGUUUCUUUCAGUGAUAGUUUUUCUUUGUAAUUAAUUUAGAAACCAUAAUUUUCAUUAAUUACGAUGGCUGAGGCAGCAAUCUUUGUUUUACAAGGUCGCAUAUUCGAAUUGAAUAAUCAGUUAGCUGCUGCUCAAACAGCUUUGAAAACCCAGAUCUGUCUGAGAGAACGGGCAGAAAUCAAUGCUGCCGAAUAUAAAAAGAAGUAUCAGAAAGUAGUCACCCCGGAGGUGGUGCGGUCGCGGAUGGUGCGCUUGGAGCAGCAGUGUGGUUCAGCUUUUCCAUACGUUAAGGAAAAUUAUAGACAAUAUACGAAGAAUGAACGUACUCGCCGUACAAGGGAAGACCGGUGGUAUUUUAUGCUGACUGAACGCGCCGAUGACCCAUUAUUGCAGUCUAUUGUUGAACUUUUAGAUCCCAGUCAGAUCAGGAAAUUUUGCAAAGAUCUCUCCAAUGUUUAUAGUAUUAUAACGGACAAAAUUCAUAGUAGCAAAUUUGAAGAUCCUGAAGAGUUGCCAGUAGAAUACAGUAUUUUGCCUCAAGGUCAACUUAAUUAUGCGGUAGACAUAAUAAUGUCAGUUUAUCAGCCGUUAUUCCUAGAUGAGGACGGUAACUAAUGAGAAUAUCGUGAUGUUGAGGUUGUACUUUUAUUUACCAGGUGGAAGUUGGAUGGACCUUCCGUGAUAUUAUUCUCUCGAUUUAUAUAUAAGUACCACGUGUAAAUACGAAAUUUCUUCAUCAAUAUAGACAUUAUUCAUGGAUUGUA